GUGGAACCUCUGGCCUGCGCUUACAUAAUCCUCGUGUAAAGCGUGAAAUUUUGGCCAAAAACGGCGACGACCAAACAAUUCCAGCGUCUUCCUCAUCUUCCUCCUCUUCUUCUUCUCUUCCUCUCACCACCUCCGUCCCUCAACCGACAUCGCGAAUCUCCCUUCUAUCUUCCUCACCUCUUCCUCUCUCUUCUCUCCUCUCUCUCUCUCCCUUCUCCGCCGCCUCUUUUUUCUCCCGCCGCCCGCUCUCCCACCGCGAAUACCUCAAAAACUCAGUCCGCGCUCACCGUCCGCCGCAACGCACACAGAUCCUUCUCCGUACGACUGACUCGUCUCCGACUCCCCCCGCGGUCGCCUUCUUCACAGCUCCUGUUUGAUCCCUUACGCCUUCAGGAACUCUCCUUGUCCUUGCGCCCAAGUGAGUUCUUUCACUCUGCAAACGUUGUAUACAACAAGGACACAAAAAACCCAGAGACAUCUAGAGUGAGUUUCCGCUCUUUGUUCGACUCAUAUUCACACAAGUCAAAAAGACAAAUUCCUCCCUGCCGAUAGAUGGUCCUCAUUCCUUCUUUACAUCUGCUAAGAUAUGGUCCUUUCUCUCGAUAGAUCGAUAUCACAACUUCCUACGCCAUACAAGCAAUCAUGUCUACCACCGAACAACGUGAAUCCGGCCCUGGCCCAGCCGAGGAGACCCUCGCCGAGAGCUUCAGUCGCGUCAGCGUAAACGACCAACCCGAAGCUGAGGCUCCUCCAAAGACUGAAGAAGAGUAUGCUCAGUCGAUGCUAACUCUUCGCGCUAUCGUUUCCUCCAAGGAAGCCGGUGUCAUCAUUGGGAAAGCGGGGAAGAACGUUGCUGACCUGCGUGAUGAGACUGGUGUCAAGGCUGGUGUUAGCAAGGUCGUGCAAGGUGUACAUGACCGUGUCCUCACGGUUACCGGUCCUCUCCAAGGCACGUCGAAGGCAUACUCGAUUGUGGCAAAGAGUCUACUGGAGGGUGCUCCCCAGAUGGGCAUGGGUGGAGUAGUCCAAAACAACGGUACACACUCUGUCCGGCUUCUCAUCUCACAUAACCAGAUGGGUACCAUUAUCGGGCGACAAGGGCUGAAGAUCAAGUACAUCCAAGAUGCCUCCGGAGUCCGCAUGGUUGCCCAGAAGGAAAUGCUACCCCAGUCCACCGAGCGAAUUGUCGAAGUCCAAGGAACCCCAGAAGGAAUUGAAAAGGCCAUUUGGGAGAUUGGAAAGUGUCUCAUUGAUGACUGGCAACGCGGCACUGGCACCGUCCUCUACAAUCCCGCUGUCCGGGCUUCCGUCGGCUCCAGCUCUGGCCAAGGCUCUGUUACUGGAACUAACCCUAGCUAUGGUGGAAGCAGCCGAUCAUAUAACCGCACCGGAAACGGUGCUGACUUCAGCGACCACCCAAGCAGCUACAGUCGACGUGGAAACAAUGACAACCCAAACCGCGGCAUCCCCCUAGUGACUGAGGAUGGCGAGGAGGUUCAAACCCAGAAUAUCAGCAUCCCCUCUGACAUGGUCGGCUGCAUCAUCGGUCGUGGUGGUACCAAGAUCAGUGAGAUCCGACGAAGCUCUGGGGCACGAAUUUCUAUCGCUAAAGCUCCCCAUGAUGAUACUGGAGAGCGCAUGUUUACGAUCAUGGGCAGUGCCCAAGCAAACGAAAAGGCUCUUUACCUUCUCUACGAAAACCUUGAAGCCGAGAAGAUGCGCCGCAGCCAGCAGCAGCCAGAGUAAAGCGGAUCUCGCUUGGAUCCUCUCUUGUAGGCUGUCCAGCUAUGUUUCAACAUAGCCUGACUCUGGAGUUUACAGCCUUUGCGAUACCACUAGCAACUUUUUUGAUCCGGGGGUGUCCUUCAUAUUUUUAAAUCCCCUGCUCCGUUUUCUUUUUCCCACUUCCUUAUUAUCCUCAGAUUACUUAACGUUUUCCCUUUAUUUCUAUCAUUCGUCUUCAAAUGCCUCCCCUUCCUGCCUUCUUACCUGCUGGAAAAAGGGCCUCGGACCCUCACUUACCUUCGACAUUUUCAUUCAAUGAUUUCCUCCGAAUAAAAACCAUUCCACUCCUCUCCUUUUCCGCCCCUUGUCUCUGCUAUAUCCCUGUCACACUUUUCGCGCUGAUUACUACCAAAUGUUCCCGGUUAGUAGUUAUACUCCCAGGGUGUUUGUUCCACCACCCCUUCACUUGAAGCCCUUUUUUACCUUCAUCUUCACCUUCACACGUUUUUCCGCCCCGCAAAAACCCUCAUCCCCCCUCCUUACACUGCAUGCUUUCUUCUCGUCACGGCCUCUAGUCUUCUAUCCUGUGCCCUUAUGGGUAUUUUAUUUAUGCCUCUCAAAAAUUGUUUCUACUUAUGGAGAACGUAUGAAAUAUACUGGAUGGGCAACUACAAAAAGUAUACCAAAAUAAACCAGGUUUGACGAUACCGGAAGUCUGAGUGUCCUUUUUGACUAACACUUUCAGCACGCUGUCUCUGGCGUGUUAUAUUCAUUGUAGGAAGUCCUUGUUUCCAUGGCCACUGAUCAAGGAUACCCGUAAAAUCCAGUGGCUCCGGCUCAGGGACACGAAUAUAUACUAUAUGAUCAGAGCUCUCUAAAGCAAAGCAGUGUAGAACAGGGUAAUGCGAACAC